CAAAGCGCCCCAGUAUCUCUCGAUAAUUCGUGUAGUUCGAGUCGCACUUCCCUGAAUCAAACAACAUCAUUUCAUUUAGCACAAAUCCCUCGAUACAGGACGGUGCUACGAGAGAGCUUUCGACCCUUGGUUUUAUCAUUUUCUUCAUUGAGUGUACAAAUCAUUCAACAUGACUGUCGCUACUGAGGCUGAGAACAACACAACUGUCGCUGAGAAGGAGAAUAAGGACGUGAAGGAUCUGAAAGCGGCGCUGAACGAGGAGACGCCGUCUGAUAACAAGCAACAGACUGCUGAAGAGACCAAGGAUACGGAAAAAACAGAAGUUGAGAAGAAGGAGGAAACAAUCAACGAGGAUAACACGAGUAAGACGAAUGUACACAAGGUGAAUUUUGAGAAGGAUGUCGUGUAUCUUUAUCAAUUGUCACGCACACCCUUGAUACCAUCAAUUUCACCGAAUUGUCUCAAAGUUGAGACUUGGUUGAGACUCAACGACGUCAAAUACGAGAAUGUUGACCAUAAGAUGAAAUUCCGUUCGAAGAAGGGACAACUGCCUUUUAUCGAGCUCGAUGGUAAUGAAAUCGCUGACAGUUCGCUGAUAAUCAAAGAAUUGAGCAACAAAUUCAGAAAAGAAUUGGACGCCAAUCUCACUAACGAACAGAAAAUUAUUUCGCACGCAAUGAUAUCGAUGAUUGAGAAUCAUCUUGUGUGGGUGUACACUUACUGGCGCAGCAAGAAUAUGGAUCAGAUAAUAAAGGGAUAUAAAAUUAAUCUACAGCACGCCUUUGGCUCACGUCUACCCAAUGGAAUUCUCAAUUUCUACUUCAAGAUGACGUACGGUCGAAAGAAUCUAAAGAAGGUGAAGGCCAUGGGAAUGGGCGUGCACAGUACUGAAGAAAUUAUUCAACUUGGGUAUGAUGAUCUUAAGGUGUUGUCGGAAUUACUCGCUGACAAACCCUUCUUCUUCGGGGAUGAACCCACCACUUUGGACGUAACAGCCUUUGCUCACCUGGCACAAAUCCUCUACAUUGAGAAGUCAACGACCUUCGCACUGAGGGACUACAUGCAGGAGAAUUGCUCCAAUCUGGUUGGCCUCUGUUCACGCAUGAAGGACAGAUGUUUCCCCGAUUGGGAUGAAAUUUGUAACACCCUGGAUUUAAAUACUCAUUUACCAAAGCCACCCAAGGAGGAGGACAAGGACAGCAAAGGUGAAAAGAAAGAGACAAAGGAAUCCAAAGAGGGAAAAGAGGGUGACAAAGAGAAGGCCGAUACUGAGGAGAAGGAAGGUGAGAAGGAUAAAGAAGUUGAGGAGAACAAAGAGAAGGAGGAGAGAGUGGAGGAUAAAUAAAUACGUAAUGAUCAGUGGCUGGAUGCAACCAGAAAAUAAAAUAACAGAGAACGACGACGAUCAUAUUAAUUAAACAAAAAAUAAAUAAAGAUUGUGGAUGAGUCAGACAUGAAAAAAAAAAAAUUAUUUGAAAUCGUAUGAUGAAUUAACGUAGAAAAUUUAUAUAAGAAAUAUGAAACAAAGAGUCUGGAAGAGUUCACAUAAUUGCUUGUGUAAUUUUCAAAGUAUAUAGUACUGAUUAUUCAUUUUUAUUUUAUUGAUUAAUAUUCAAUUUUUUAUUUUUAUAUAUUUUUUUUUGUCACAUUUUAGACUUUAUUUGUACGUAAAAUACGCAUUUUUUGAUAUUCUUCCGGCUCUGCUGAAUUUGUUUUAUUGCGAUGAUUAUUAUAGUGACACUGGUGUUACAGAGUCAGAAUGCAAUAUUAAAGCAAUUGCAAUAGAUUUUUUUUGCCAUAAAUAUUUUUUUUCUUUUAAGUGAAGAAAUGUAAAGUACGUAAAUUUCCGAGGAAAUCUUGAAUUCCAUUGAGAGUCGAUUGCCCCCCCCCCCAUCACCCCUUCUUCUUAAAGAGACCCAGUCAUUUUUGGGAAUUUUUGAAUGAUUGAACAAAUUGAACUCAAUUUAAAAUUGUUAUGGAGUAAAUAAUAAAUAGUUAUUAGUUGAAGCUCUCUUGGCCAUGAUUGAUUAAAUGAUCGAUUAUUGGCUAAAGUUUAAGCAUAAUGAGUCAAUGAGGAUAAAGACCCGAUAAAUUGCAUCAAAAUCGACCAAUGGAGCAGCUCAAUAUAGCAAAAAAAAAAAGUAACGAAACUCAAGUCGUAUCGAUAGUCAGCAAUUUUUUGAGGGGUAUAAAAUCGAAAAAUUUGUUCAUUAAAAGUCAUAAAUUUUGUGAUAUGAAUGAAAGCGGAGUUACGAUACGAUUUAAACAACAUGACGAAAAACGACUGUAUUAUUAACCAAUUGCAUGCGUCAUAUUCUAAUCGAUUCGAAAUUUAUUGAGUAGUGUUAGCGAAUUUAAACGAAAAUUAAACACGAAUGACGUCAUCAGAGUACAAUAAUCAUUUUUUCAAUAGAUUUUAAUGAGAAGGCAGGAGACUGAAUAAAUAAUUUGGGGAUUUAGUGCAAUAGGAGGGGAUUUUGGUGACUCUCACUGUUGCAUUUUAUUCCAUUCAGUGUCUCCAUGCUAAAAGGCUUUCGAUGUUUUUGAACACCAGUCUUGCAUUUGUAAUAACAGAAUUUUUAAACAUUUUCAUUUUUUAAUUACUUUUGUCAAUGCAUCAACGCCAUUCCUGUUAGUGGUAGAUUUUUUUAUAUUGUAUAUUCUUUUUACUAAACGAUAUAUUCGAUAAGAGGCCGAUAAAUGGCUGAGAUAUUAUAAAAAUAACGAAUCUUUUUACUGAAUUUUUUACAAAUAUCAUUUUAAAAUCUCGAUACAUUUGUCAUUAUCGUAUGCAUUGCUCCUAAAAAUGACGAUGAAAUUCAUUCAUUUGGAAUUUUAUGUGCAUUUAUUAUCAUUAAUUGCACAUUUAAUUACCAUCUACACAUUAUUCACGUCGAUGACUUCAUUAAUGUGCAUGUAAUCUCUAUUUUUUUUUAAUUUUAUACCUGUAAUUAGUUACUUUUAUUCCCUAUAUUUUACGUUCUAAGGAUUAAUCGAUUAAUCUGACAGUGAAUUCGUUCGAUCGGUGAACUGUUCAGAACAAUUACCAUGACAUGUGUUUCUCAUAGAGAUGAAUCAUUUACAUUUAUGUUCUUAUUACUUCUGUAUUUUGUUUUAUUUCAAUAAGUGGCAGCUGCUGGUUACUCACGCGUACGCAUUUUCAAUGAUCCCAUUGGUUUAGUAUUGAACUGACAUGGUAAUUUGAGUUUUAAUGGUUAAACAAGUUAAUGAAUGAACAGACUGUAUUCUGUAUUAGGAAAUGGAGAAUUAUGAGGAAAAAGAAACGAAUUGAAAGCACAUGCAAAAUAGUUUAUGAAUAGUAUACAGUGCAUAUUAAAGUAAAUCAAUGUGAGUUAUAAGAUAUUUCGGUUUAUACUCAGUGCUAUACAUUUCACUGUCAUUAUUACACCACCAUUAAUUGUAUCAUGCGAGAAAAAAAAAUAAAAUGUGUUUAUAAAUAAA